UUAUCACAAGUUUCUAGCAGGUGAAGGGAAACCAAAACCAGCUGGAGGAAGCUGGCUCAUCCCCAUCUUCAUUACUGCUCAGGGAGCCAGUGACACCUCCGCCCGAUAUGCCACUAGACACCCCCAAAACUCCUGCUCUGGCCCCACUCGCAGACCCACCGGGAGAGGGAGGAGAUAAGAGGGUUCAGCCAGCCCCGGAACCCGGACAAACAAAUGCUGUCGGAGAGCCCGGGGGAAGGAUGGAGGGAGGAGGAACUGGGGAGGGCGAGGGGAGCCUUGAGAAAAGGGUCAGUGUACAGGCAGUUCGUUACCUUCGCCGCCCGCUUGCUCGCCGUCAUCUCGGGUCCGAGUGUGCGCUCCGGCGACUCAGCGGCGGUGUACGCCCGCCCGCGGCCCGGCGCGCCCCGCCCCGAGCACCCCACCUCCGGAAACCCCGCCCGCGCGCACGCGGGGGCGAGGGAACCCGCUCCGUCCUUCUCCGCUGAUCUCGGGAAGCCGCGGAGGGCGGGGGACGACUGGGCCCGGCCCGCUCUCUGGCGCGGUGGGCUCGGGCCCCCGCCACUCGCGCUCUCCGUCGGGCACGCAGCGUGGCCGGGCCCGGGCGUCCCGCUGGGGGGCGCCGUGCACCAAGCGGCGAGCGCUCGGAGGACGCUGGCUCCACACGCGCAGCUCGCGACAGAUCGCUCGGCCGUCUCCACCCUCAAAUCGCCGCAGAGAGCUCCCCCAGCCAGCUCCCGGAGCCCCUUGGACGAGUCAUUUCCCCCAUCUGGGCCCCGUACCCCACCUCCAAAAACGGGUGGGGGGCGAUGUAGGCUAUAUGCCCCCCAAGGGCCCCUCCCCCUUGCAGUUUGUGCGGUCCAGUCUUCAGUGGCAAAUUGCAGGGUCAUUUCUCCCAGGCGACGGCUGGAUUGUGCACAGCACCGCGAGGGGACGCUGUUGGACCCAUCCUCAAUCUUUGAGGGGCUCUAGGGCAGAGACCCCUGCCCCAGCCAGGAUCUGAGGCCACAGUGGAAGAGCAGCCCCUGAGCCCCGAGCAACAUUCGCGGAGGAAUAUCCUAGUAAUAACGAGACUACUGGGAGGAUUGAACCCGUCUUCCUCACCCCCAGCGCUUUCGUUCGGUCCAGAUGAGAAAAGAAUUCGGCAUGUUUUGAGCCCCUAUUUUGAGUUCUGCGCUCACUAUCUCAUGUAGUUUUUAUCUAAGUUUCGUGGAAUCUGAAAUCGAAUGACUUCUCUGCUCAGAUGUGCGAUGUAUUUGCAGAACGAUUAGUUGUUUAAUUCAAGCCGAUAAACUUUAACCAGGCACCCUCUGUAUGCCAGGAAUGAAUAGCACACUGUCCACAGUCCCUUAAUCUAGGUAGUGAUGAGGGAAUCGAGGUGUUUGACCCUACCCCUGGUCACUCACCUCAGUUCACAUGCGUUUUGUGUACUGUGGAGUGUCAGGCACUAACUUUCAGGGAAUUAGCACAAUGAGAGUGAGGGGUCCCAUCCUGCCCUUGAGGAGGGUAAGAACACAGCCUUACAUUUUUAUUUUAUUUAUUUCUUUAUGUAUUGAUUUGCGAA